CGUGACACGAGGCAGAAGCUCAAACAUUACACAAUAAUCAAAAUAUGCCUCUGGCAAAGCUGAGCCAAAAAGCUGAAGCCGCUGCAAGAAAGUGGGAAUGCAAAUGAAAGAAACCCAUUUUUCCUAAAUCGAGCAAGGCAUCUGAGAAUGCAAAAUCGCAAGCCCUUCGUUUAAAGGAAAGGUUUUGCAAGAAUAGCUAGGAAUCCCACGAAGCUGGACAACUAUGCUCUGCAGUGAAACAUCUGUUUGAGAUUCUUCAGCUUUCCUACUGGAUGUCAGGAUCUUUUUCUGGAAGACAUUUGUGCUUGUGAGUACUAUUUUUAUUUAUUAAAAUGUUUUCUAAAGAAGACUUGAACAGUCUUAACAGGCUUAACAGGCUUGAUCCAAGGCUGCAAUCCUAAUCCCAGUUUCCUGGGAGUAAACCACAAUGAAUUCAGUACGACUUACUUCUCAGUAGGUAUGGUUAGGCUUGCACUGUGAAUCCCACUCGCACACUUAUUCUCAGGAAAGUGUGCACAGGAUUGCAGCCCUGCAGCCCCCAUACAUGUUUACUCAAAAGUCAAUCCCCUCGGGUUUCAUGAGGGCACUGUCCCAGGUUAACAGUGGGUAGGAUGGCAGUCUUUGAAUGGUUAAUUCCUUGCAGACUGGACAGAACUCCUUAAUCGAGCCAAUUGCAAGUUAAAAAGAAGAAUGCACUGGGGAAAACGCUGCGUUUAAUUUAUGAGAGUUGUCUGUCUGUGCAACCCUUGUAAAACUUUCCUCUUUUGCACAGAAACUUUGCAAUAGGAAGAGUCCCAGGGAAUCAUUAUGCUGGUUCAACAACAGCUAAGCUCCAACUUCUGAAACUGGGGGGGGACGGGACAGAGAGAAGGGCCAAGUUCAUUCCUGGUAUCGUUCUCUUCCCUCUUGCUGAACUCCACACCAGACAACUACUAACUACCCUUUUAGACUUGAAGACUCCACACUACCCUUAAUGUGUUGUGUCAGGGGUGCCAACCUGAAUAAAAUAUUGUAGGGACCCAGGUAAGACCCGUCCCACAUAACUGAUCACAUAAUGUGGUGCAUGCACGCCAUUUAAAUGGCAAUGCCCAUCAACUUGGGGGGCCCGGCCCCCUAAAAUAGUUUAUUGGGGAGCCAAAGCCCCCUCAACCGCUAGGAUAUGGCUCCUAUGUGUCAUCUCACUGGGUUUUGAUCAGAGGAUGUGCUGUUUUUAUACGAACCUCCUAGCCCUGUUUCUCCUAGAGACCCCCCACAAUUUACCCCCCACAAAUUCCAACAGUUUAGAAACUGUAGCCUCACAGAUUUGGUCUGAAGUGGCAGUUGCCACGUAACCUUGAAGUAUGACUUUGGGACAUAGAACUUUUGCCUUUGGAGGUCAGAUUAAAGUUUCUAAUGGGAUCAGACUGCUCCCCUUAUCUACCAAACAAAAGCUCAGGUGAAGGGGGCGGAAACCACCCUCCCAUCUUUCCAAAUAGCUUCAAAUCAAUAAUAACAAUUCAAUGUCUUAGUACCCCUUCACCAUUAGGUUCCGUUGUGGGUUACAACAUUAGAAAGAUACAAGAUUAAAAUGAGUUUAAACUAUUUAAUGUCAAGAAAUGGCUGGAUUCAUAUUCAGUUGUCAAAGGAUAGAAUAAAGAGGGGCAUCAAAUCCUACAGUCUACAACCGAAUCCAGCUUCUUUUUCCCCAUUACAGUAUUGCAGAGUGAGAUUUCACCAACACCUUCCUUUCAGCAAAUAGGACUCGAGAAAAUCAAAAGACAAUAACAACAAUUAAUAGGACUUGUUAGGUUUCACAAGUCAAUUCCUGUUCUUAGAUCCUGCAGAUUACCCCUCCCUCAGACAACUCUCCAUUGGCAAGCUAGCUGGAACCUAACAAAAAUGUAGACUUGGGCUUCAGUGCCAUACCUACUUGCUGCCACUUUUGUUGAACUCAGGCUAUGUACACAUUAGUGGCUGAAAACACAGUGAGGUGGUUUCCCACUGCUGUGUUUCAAGUUUCAUUUGCACAUUGCAAAUGGGGAUGGAGAUGGAUGUCUCCACUCAACUCCCAUUACCUGCUUGGUUUGCCCAUGCCUGCAACCCCCCUGAAAGUGGCUUUGUGUUUUCAAGGUGGUUUGAAGGAAAAACGACCUACAUAAAGCAGCAUUUCUCAAGAAGCAUUUUGCCUCCCAACAACCCUGUAAAGAAGGCUAGGCUGAGAGAUGGUGACUGGUGCAGAGGCUCAUGCCUGAGUAGGAUUCCCUGUGCCUUGUCCGGCACUCUAAGCACAACACUGAUGAGUCAACAAAGAAAUUAUAUCUGCGCUACUUUUGUUUUCGUGGUUUUUAUUUCUUUGGAGGGUGGCUUUUAUGGUUCAUGUUGCAAAUAUAGUUGGACGGAGCUUUGUUUUCUUUUUAUUGUCAGCUGCCUUGAGUAACUUUACGUUGUAAAAGACAGGAUAUAAAUAUUUAUAGAUAUGAGCAACAGUGUCUGAAAAGGGAACUAUAAAAUAGCCCCUUUUAGCAAGAAGGAUGGCAAAUGUAGAUGAAUAUCCCUACACAGGUUCCAGGGUUGAAUCACCCUUGCUGUUACUCAAAUUCAGCCCUGGAGAUCCUAGACUGAAGUUAUCCAAAGAGCUGCAUGGUUUUUUUGGGGGGGGGGGGGCGGUUAUUGGAAGGGGUGUCUCAGAUGUGGGUGAGUCUCUGUACAGUAUUUAAUUUAUUCAGCAAUCAAGGAUCCAUUUUAGCUCUGCUGAUUGUAAACGCUCUACAGAGUAGAAGGAGUUAUGGUCUCCACACAGAUGAUGGGAACCCACACAAUGGAAAAAAUUACAACUCUCCCCUCCCCAUCCAAUAUGAUUUAUUCCCACCCCCUCAGUGACUUCCUGUAUUUCUAGUUCUUUGCUUGAGGCAUCAUAUGGAUGUGCUGUUAGCCUGUUCAAAGAUUCAGCUGCCUUCUGCUGAGCCAGGACACUGGUUAAUCUUCCUCUGUAUUGUCUCCACUGACUGGUAGAGUCUACUCAAGUUGAACACCCCCCUAAAAAAAAAACACCACCCAGUUAAGGGGCUCCUUCUCAGGGGCCUGGCCUGGGAUCUUCAUGAUAUGGUGCUAGUUUUAGUAACAAAAAAGUUUAUUACACAGUCCCUAAAAAAACUGCAGUUUUCAAGUGAUCAAUAGAGGGGCAUGGGGAGGUUUGAAAGUUGUUGGAUUACAGUGUUAGAGCUCAGAUUAUAUAGGUGUGAAAUGGCUCCUUCAACCAAGGUUACAGUUGCCAAAACGGAAUGUCUAGUUGCUAUUUGGGGGCAAUGAUUUUUAAAAUGAUUGACUGUGAUUGAUUCUCAGUUAAACCUCUGACUAAUUCAGAUGACAACCUUGAGCAAAGUUAAGAGCCUUGAGAAUUUAAAGAAAAGUCACUUGAUCCAGGGACAGUCCACAAAUAUAUUGGCCUGUUCUGACGCCUUUUUCUUAAUGGUGACUCCUCCUGCUCAGGCUGCACAGAAAAAACAUUUUGGUUCCAGAAAUUCAUUUCAAUUGUGCAGAUAAAACGUAACUGAUAGAAUUCUACAGGGUGGGGUAUUAAGUGUGCGGAAACAGCCCAGAUCCAACGAUCCCCAGGCAUGCACCUCCAGAUGGUGGAGUUAACAGGCGCUCUUCACUUGGCUGCAAGCAGUCAAAAGUCAGGUGCAAAAUGUGCCUGAUGCCUGGCUACUUUCAAACACCACUGGAUUAGACCCUUCUUGCUUUGGAAAGAAAGAGUGCCUUAUAUGUAAGCUGGAAAUCACACUGUGCAUGAGAAUUAAACAUCUUACAAGUCUGUAUCUCAAAGGCUUCAGCUGAUGAGUUCCAGAGGCCACUGGAUCGAAAGCCAGUCCUUUUCUUGGACAGGACCCCUCUGCACCAAAAAUAAAAUAAAAUAAAAUGCAGUCAUACCUCGGAUUACAGAUGCUUCAGGCUGCAUUUUUUCGGGUUACAGACCGCCAAAACCCGGAAGUACCAGAACGGGUUACUUCCAGGUUUUGGCCAUCACGCAUGUGCAGAAGCGCUAAAUCACGCUUUGCGCAUGCACAGAAGCACCGAAUCGCAACCCGCACAUGCGCAGAUGUGCCGCUGCGGGUUGCAAACGCUGCGGGUUGAGAACAUGCAUCCCGCACGGAUCACGUUCACAACCCGAGUGUCCACUGUAAAAUAAAAUAGGAAGGAAGAAGGAAGUGCAUUCUUCCCACUGUUAUAAGAAAAAACUGCUCCCUUCCUGUUAUGGGGUAUUCCAGAGCCCAUAUAGAGUCCUUAAGUGGGUUCCCUAUCAGUAGCAGAAAAUAACAGAAGCCAACCAGAGUAUAUUCAGAAGCAAAGCAGCUAGUAAGCCUGGUCUUUAUUCAAGGAACUGUUGCAACAUGGUCCUCACUCCCCACACGCAGGAGGGAGGAGAACCCUGAACAAUGGCGCGCAAGCCCUUAUCUAGACUUUUGAAAUUGCCCACCCUGUAGUCCGAGACCACCACCCCCUAAAACAUCAUACAUAUAUCACAUUUCCAUGCACUCUGGUUUCCAUCACGGUGUUCCAUUGUGCCAGAAGCGGUUUAGUCAUGCUGGCCACAUGACCCGGAAAGCUGUCUGUGGACAAACACCGGCUCCCUCGGCCUGAAAGCGAGAUGAGAGCCGCUACCCCAUAGUCGCCUUUGUUGUUUUUUUUUUUUUAAUAAUUUUUUAUUAAGGUUUUAAACAAAGAAAAAAGAAAAACAACACACACAAAAAACAAUACAAAACUUAACAAUAAAAACAAAACAUAACAAUUAAAAACAAACUCUCUUUUCCAUUUCCGAUUUUAGAUUACUUAUUUUCUGGACUUCCUCAUACCUCCUUUUUUUGUAUUCCAAUCCACAUUAUUUGUCCAGCAGUUUCUUUUCCACUUUUUUAAUCCCAAUCUUUAAUUUACUAAAAUGUUAAAAUAUAUAACUUCAACUUUUUUUUUUAAACUUAAUCCUUGCUCUUAAUGUCAUAUAGCUUUAAAUUUUUCCCUUUUAUUAUCAAAUUUCCAUUUCUUUAAACAUCUUUAAUCUUAAUCUUUAAUCUUAAUCUAUCCUUAACUUUAACCUGUACAGCUGGAAACCACUUAUUUCAAUCCAACAUCACUCUAACAUUCCUUAAUUUUGCAGUGUUUCUGAAGAUAGUCUUUGAAUUUCUUCCAGUCUUCCUCCAUCGACUCUUCUCCCUGGUCACGGAUUCUGCCAGUCAUUUCCGCCAAUUCCAUAUAGUCCAUAAGUUUCAUCUGCCAUUCCUCCAGCGUGGGAAGUUCUUGUGUCUUCCAAUACUUUGCGAUGAGUAUUCUUGCUGCUGUUGUUGCAUACAUAAAGAAAGUUCUAUCCCUUUUUAACACCAUUUGGCCCACUAUGCCCAGGAGAAAGGCCUCUGGUUUCUUGGGGAAGGUAUACUUAAAUACCUUUUUUAAUUCAUUAUAUAUCAUUUCCCAGAAAGCCUUAAUCUUUGGGCACGUCCACCAAAGGUGAAAAAAUGUACCUUCAGUUUCUUUACAUUUCCAACAUUUGUUAUCGGGCAAGUGAUAGAUUUUCGCAAGCUUGACUGGGGUUAUGUACCACCUGUAUAUCAUUUUCAUAAUAUUCUCUCUUAAGGCAUUACAUGCCGUAAAUUUCAUACCUGUGGUCCAUAACUGUUCCCAGUCAGCAAACAUAAUGUUAUGUCCAACGUCCUGUGCCUAUUUAAUCAUAGCCGAUUUUACCGUUUCAUCCUGAGUAUUCCAUUUCAGCAGCAAGUUAUACAUUCUUGACAGAUUCUUAGUUUUGGGUUCUAACAAUUCUGUUUCUAAUUUGGAUCUUUCCACCUGGAAGCCAAUUUUCCUGUCCAAUUUAAAUGCCUCCAUUAUCUGAUAAUAAUGAAGCCAGUCUCGCACUUUGUUUUACCCCAUAGUCGCCUUUGACUGGACUUUACCAUCUGGAGUCCUUUACCUUUACCUUUUACUACAUAUAUCACAGAAGGAGGCAAUCUACAGCACAAAUCCUGCCUGCCAGGAUACCUGAUAAUGGUCACUGAUUACAUUACCUGGGCAGUCUGGCAAUUCUUUUGUGAUGGUUAAUACUUUAGUUCCUGAAUCCAGGUCACAGGCUCACCCUAUUCAUACACAAAUAUGCCCUUAAGGGAGGAUUUGCAAGCAAAAAAGACAAUGGGAAGGCUUUCCCCAUUUGCCUCCCUUCCUGCAGGGGAAUAUUUGAGGUCAUUGGGAGAGUCAAAAUGGCUUCAGGAUUGCUCUCCCAUACUAUUUCAGACACAUGGCUCAUAUAUUUAGAUAUGUGUGCAUUUAUGAAUAUUUAUUCUAUAUUUGAGACCUUAAAAUUCUUAUAACACCACCAUCCGUGCUUUCCAUUCUAUCCAGCAAAUGUGGCUGGCCUUUAGAUUCAGUGAUGGCUCCUCGGCUCCUUUCUGCCCUGUUGUUUCUCAGCUGCUGGAUUUCUUCGCCGAAGAAGCAAAGUUAUAAAUGCUGAUAUUACCACUGGCGGAGUGGAAGCAACAUAUAUUUAUUCUGGCUUCUCAGUGCUUUAAAAAUUAAGUCUGCCUGGAGGCUACAGCCCUUGACCUGGAAAUUCUGACUGUAAAACUCAGAUGUGUGUGUGGAUUGGCUGUCAUUGCUUAAUGCUGUCAUUCCCCGUGACGGGGAAAUACUUUGCAGAUGUCCAGACCCAUUGACUUCUCAUUACUCUACUUUUUUUACGGAUCGAGCUCUGGCAGGUUUUAUGUCUGAGGCCCCGGUUGUGAUCCCUCUGGCUAACAAAAGGGGCAUGAGAAUUCGAUGAAGUUUAUACAUCUGGUUUUGAAAACGUACAAGGAGAGAUGGUAUUCAAUAGGCACCAGCUUGUGUAUUUCAGACAUCAGGUAUUACUACAAUAAUUGUGCAGUAUUAAUGGAGCAAUUCACCAGUAACUGCUCAGUAUGUGAAAAGCAGUUGCAAACAGAGGGAAAUAGAGAUUAGCCCCACCUCCAGCCUGCUUUUGCAUGCUCUUAAUCCCUAAAUAACAUUAAUUUGUAACACAUUUCUCCAGCAAGUGAUUUGAGAUGAGAAGAUCCACGGCAAAGGAUGCAGUGUGUGUUUCAUUCCUGCCCCCCGCCCCCAAAUAUGCCACGCACACACAAUUUAUUCCCUACCAACCCAGAUCUAAGGAUAGGCUUGGGAAGUGAUGAGUCUUAUUUUUUAUGUUCUGUUACUGGAAUUUAUCCUCCUCCCAUCUCUACAGCUCAGAGCAGGAAAUGACACCCAUCCGUAUAUAUAUAAAGCCAAAUUCACAUAGUACACUGUUCCAUGACUUAACCAUGUUUAAGGUCAGAGUUUUAUUAAUGAAAUGCCUUUACCUUUCAAAUGCAUCUAAGAUGCUGCAUAGUCAUUGUUUUAUCUUCAUAACAUCCUUGGAAGGCAAGUCACUUUUUCUUAUUUCUCCUACUGUAUUUUGUCCGUUUCCUGAAGCUGAGAUUAUGAUGAUAGCAAUCUUAAUGGUAAUUGUAGUAAUGCAACAAUGCUUAGCAUUUACAUCACAGUCAAGAGUCCUCAAAGAACUCCAUAUAAAUUAUCUCCAGUAAUCCCCUUACAGCAAAUGAGAACUGAUGCUUGCCUAAAGCAACCUAUGUAGUUCAUAUGUCUAAGGAGGACUUGACUGGCAGUUAGCAUCAUGGCAGUAGUUAAGAGCUGCCCAGGAAUUUGGCAGUGAAGGAAGGAAACAGAUAAAACGAGCUGAACGUCAACUUCCUGGCUCACACCAGCUUCCUCUACUUCUGGUGUGGCCUGUUUAAAGCUAUUUAUUUUGCCCAUGGCUGUGCUUCAAAUUCAAGAGGACGAUCCACUGUUGUUGUUUAGUCGUUUAGUCAUGUCCGACUCUUCGUGACCCCAUGGACCAGAGCACGCCAGGCACUCCUGUCCUCCACUGCCUCCCGCAGUUUGGUCAGACUCAUGCUGGUAGCUUCGAGAACAAGCCCACACUAAUUCAAAAGCACUUCUGUUUAACUUCACCUUCCUCAUGCUGCAAACUCUCAAAAUCCAAACAGCAUCGGAAGGGCAACGUGACACCAGAAAGAACUAGGCGGGGAUUUUGGCAGUCUGGGGAGAGGAUGAAUAAAAAGCUAAAUGACAAGUUUCUCAUUAUACCAGAGAGAAUUUGCACACAAGGCUUCACAAAGUCUUUGGCGUGUUAGGGCAGGCCACGUGUUGACUGGAUAUUGCUAGCUAACCCAGCCUUGGGUCUUUAUUCCAGUGUGGCUGGCUCCUAGCACGACAUCAGCCUCUGUGGCAUUGCAGAAGGUUCUGGACUGCUCUUGAGAUAGAUCAGGUUCAUGUGCUGUGCCUAGCAGAACUGUGUCACCCAAGCAGCUCUGCCGUCAUCUGCCUGUAUGCUCAAGUCAGCCCUUUCCCAUCAAAAGCUCUUUGGCCAUGGACCCUGGGAUGCAUAUGGAUUUGAACCCUGCCAUUCUCAUCUGCUCUGAAGCUUGUGGCGUUUACGUGUGCCUGCUGCAAUACAAGCCCAUAACUAUCUGUCUUUAAUUUCUUACAGGCAUCACCAUGAUCUCCCUGGUUCUGUUUGUCUGGAUUGUGCCCUGCGUGGCCAGUCAGCUCGUCAGCAGCUUUGCGAAAGCAGAAAGUCAGAAAGGUUCCAAGCAGGUCAUCUGCAGCGUGCCAGGACCACAAGGCCCUCCUGGUGUGCCUGGAGCUCCAGGUUCCCCUGGGACGAUGGGAAGGAUGGGUUUCCCAGGAAAAGAUGGACAAGAUGGAAAGGACGGGGAGAAAGGGGAGACAGGGGAGGAAGGUAAGAGACUACUGCUCCCUUUUAAAGCUCAGUCUGUAGCAACAGGAAGUGACACAAAGCAGGAGCAUCCAAAUGGAUCAGUCCCAAUGCAGUCCCAGUUGGGUGCCUACCUGCCCUUAUUAAUGGUGUACUGUUAAAUUUUGAAGUGCAGGUACUUUUCAUGACACUCCUAAUAGCCAUGUCCCUUCUAAACAAACAAAACUGGACUUUUUACCAGUGCAGCAGACAUUACGUCUGCAUGUUUGAAUUUUUAGAGAUCUUAUUGUUUGAAAACUAUGGUGGGUCUCUUUUUUUUUAGUCAUGAGGCUUGAGUUUCUCACGAGACUCUGGGAGAAACCAGGCACCAAAAUGACACAGGUGCUAAUAUCUCACAUAGUCUGAGCAAGGAUGACGCUAUAAGAUGUGUCAUUGUCUCUGAAAAAUGGAACAACAGCAUUAUUAUUAUUAGCCAAGUGAUUAGCCACAGUAUUAAAACUGUGAAAGGGAAUUAUGGGGCAAAGAAUUAUGGGAAUUAUGUUUCUGCCUUCAAACAGGAGUCAGCGCUCCAUCUUUUUCUGUUAAAAAUAGUGGCGUGUAUCCAACAUUUCAUAGAAUCAUAGAAUCAUAGAGUUGGAAGAGACCACAAGGGCCAUCGAGUCCAACCCCCUGCCAAGCAGGAAACACCAUCAGAGCACUCCUGACAUAUGGUUGUCAAGCCUCUGCUUAAAGACCUCCAAAGAAGGAGACUCCACCACACUCCUUGGCAGCAAAUUCCACUGUCGAACAGCUCUUACUGUCAGGAAGUUCUUCCUAAUGUUUAGGUGGAAUCUUCUUUCUUGUAGUUUGGAUCCAUUGCUCCGUGUCCGCUUCUCUGGAGCAGCAGAAAACAACCUUUCUCCCUCCUCUAUGUGACAUCCUUUUAUAUAUUUGAACAUGGCUAUCAUAUCACCCCUUAACCUCCUCUUCUCCAGGCUAAACAUGCCCAGCUCCCUUAGCCGUUCCUCAUAAGGCAUCGUUUCCAGGCCUUUGACCAUUUUGGUUGCCCUCCCCUGGACACGUUCCAGUUUGUCAGUGUCCUUCUUGAACUGUGGUGCCCAGAACUGGACACAGUAUUUCUGCUCAGCUCACACAGCAGACUUCCACAUGUGCGACAGAUUCCCCCUCCUCUCCCCUGUAGCCCCUCACCUACCCUCAAAAUCUGCUACAGAGGGUUGAAGGACACCCCCCCACACACACACAGCAGAUUGGGGGUGGCACAGGGAGAGGAGGGAGAAAUUGAACUUUGUGAGCAUGAGCAGAACUUGUUUCGUGCAGGGUUGGAUUCAAACCAAUGUUUUCAAAAGUCCAGAACCUAUUUUGUGUGUGUAUGUUAUCAUGAUGUAUACUAACAUUCCAGGCUCAGAUACUGACGCUUUAAAGCAGUGAAAGUAGCUAACUGCUGCCCUGCCCCCACACCCAAUACAGACAGAAUCUGUUAUUGAAAGGAAUUCCUCCUGCACAUCCCGGACCGCAGCUAUUGCCCCUGCACGUAGCAAUGUCUUGGAAACACCCUAAAACUCCGGCGGCAGCUAAGUGGCCAGUUACUUACGGAAGUCCAUUUCUCUCCUAGGUCCACAAGGCAAGACAGGAAAUCCCGGCAAGGCAGGGCCAAAGGGAAAGGUGGGAGCCAUCGGCAAAGCUGGUCCCCGUGGUCCAAAGGGCCUGAAGGGGAACCCCGGGAAAAGCGGAGGUGUGGGGAAGAAAGGCCCCAAAGGAGCCCUUGGGGACCCUGGGAUGCCAGGCCCCUGCAGCUGUGGGGCAAACAAAGCCAAAUCCGCCUUCUCUGUUGCAGUGACCAAAAGCUACCCGAGAGAGAGGCUGCCCAUCAAAUUUGACAAGAUCCUCAUGAACGAAGGUGCAAACUACAACAGCUCCAGCGGGAAAUUUGUCUGCAGCAUCCCCGGCAUCUACUACUUCACUUACGACAUCACUUUGGCCAAUAAACACUUGGCCAUUGGGCUGGUGCACAACGGGCAGUACAGAAUAAAAACGUUCGAUGCCAAUACCGGGAACCAUGACAUAGCUUCUGGAUCGACUAUCCUGUCCUUGAAGCAGGAUGAUGAGGUCUGGCUGCAGAUAUUCUACUCGGAACAGAAUGGACUCUUUUAUGACCCUUACUGGACAGACAGCCUUUUCACUGGCUUUCUGAUCUAUCCUGACCAGGAAUAUCUCAAUGAAAUAUAAAGGGAAGACUGUUGACAACAGCAACACCAGCCAACUCUAACAGGGAGUCGGACAUGGAAAAUGAGAGCUGCAAUAAUGUACAUUCAUCUUUGAAAUAGUCCCAUCUUUGCAGAAGCAGUCUUAACCUGGACUGUGUCCCAGAGGCGUUGCUAUCAUAAGCCCAGGAUAGUCAACAUGGUGAGCACAUGUUGAUGAACUACAAUUCCAAACAUCUCUGAACAUUGGCUAAGCUGACUGGGGCUGAUGGGAGUUGGAGUCCAACAGAGUCUGGAAGGCACCAUGUUGCCUACCUUAAUCUAAGCCUUGAUGUUUCUUUGUGUCAGUCUGUGGGCCCCCUUAAAGAAUCAGCCUAGCUUAUAAAUUCUGAGCAGUCAGAUUUUUCAUCAUUUGUGGCCAGUCGCCAUUGCAAUAUAAUUCCCCCCCAAACCCAGUAAGGCAAUCCAAGUAUAUGUUGAAACAUAUCCAUUUACAGAAUGACAAAGUAUAAAAACUUUAAAAUUGUAAUGCCCCCUCCCCAAAUCAUUUAGAUCAGUGUUUCCCAAACUUUUUCAAAAACGAAAGACCCAAUUUUGCUUAUCUGUCCCAAUAAUCUGCAUGUAUCCUGAAACCUGUCAGGCACAGCCCCUCCUUUGGCUAAUCCAAUCAAGUCUCUUGUUCUCCAUCUUAAAUCAAUGCAAACUCAGAUGACAAGAUCACUGGGUUUUUCUAAAGCACCUUUUGUUUUGCUCAGAAUCUAUCCUGAUGAUGUGUUCUGGAGAACUCCCAAAAGGUUGCCCACAACUGUGACAAUUGGGUUGGUCCUAAGGAAAGUGUUGCUAUCUGCAGCUUACUUAUAGAAGCAAUGAAUGAUCACGGUUCUCUGCCUAAUGAGACACUAAGAAACCCCCAAAGGCAAACAAAAAAGGAAUAAUUUAUAAAGAAAGAUGGAGAUGACCACAUUAUUUUAACAGUGGAAGAAAGAUUAUGAUAUUCAAAAUCUGGAGCUCAACACUGAAGUGUCUUCAAGAGAUCACAACACAGAAUGAUCAGAAUAUUAUUUUCCCUGAAUCUUUUUGUUUCCCAUAAUUUUGUCCUCACAGCUACUGCAAAUCUCAACUGAAGUUAGUUAGGUAUGGUGGAAUGUUGGGUUAAUGCCAUGGAAACUCGGGUUCAAAUCCCCCCUUAGCUCACUUGGUAACUUUGGGCCCAUCACUAUCCCUCAGCUAAACAUACCUCACAGGGUUGUUGUGAGGAUAAAAUGGAGGAAGGGCUUUGAAAUCCUUGGAGGGGAGGCAAUGUUGUUAAUGAAUAAUAAAUAAUUGGUAAAGGAAAGAAGAUAAAUAGAAACCAACAUGUAUCAGCCACUUUAGAGUUUAAUAUUGUAUGCAUACUGCCACCUAGUGACUACCAUCUUCAUUGCAAAAGGUGCUGCCUGAACAAUACAAUUUUGCAACCAAGCACUGGUGUUUUCACAAGUCAAUAAAAGUGCCCUUUAACAUCCUCACUGCACGUACAAGCAAACGAUGCCAUGCAGUUUUAAAUGUACAGAAAUCCAAGUAUGUUUUUUCCCAUCAGCUGAGGGUGGGUGGCUUUCCAUUUGCAUUUUCAACCCUUAGGAACGUUUUGUCAGUGCUUCCCGAUAUGGACCUUACAUAACAAAUGCAUAAUAAAAAUCCAAUUUUUUGGUGUGCACUUCCAGGAGGUGAACAAGAAAUGUUUCCAUGUGUUUUUUCCAGUUGUCAAUAUUCACUGCUCUUCCACACCAUUGAUCAGUUUAUCAGAAUGUAGCAAAGCUGCGUUUCCCUCUCACCUCAGUCAAUUUCCCCCAACCUUUUCUGUACUGGGCAUGUUCAUUUCUGUACUCGCACCUGCAAGUGCGCAAGAGUAAACAUUUACCAGCCUUAGAUACCAUGUUUCACAAUGGGCAAAAUGGAGACUUGUUUUCUUGAUGGGAAGCAGUAUCUAUUUCCAUUUGUUUUUUGGGUUGUGUUUUAAUACUGAG